GGCAUUGAGCACAAACGUGAAGCGCUCGUUGAGUUGUGCGAGGUGAUUGUAGCGGAGAUCAGCGCGGAGCGGCGGGUGACGUCACCAUGUUGUUUUACUCUUUCUUCAAGUCUCUUGUGGGCAAAGAUGUUGUCGUGGAGCUAAAGAAUGAUCUGAGUAUUUGCGGGACUCUGCACUCGGUGGAUCAGUAUCUAAACAUCAAACUGACGGAUAUCAGUGUGACAGACCCGGAGAAAUAUCCACACAUGCUGUCUGUGAAGAACUGUUUUAUCCGGGGCUCUGUGGUGCGCUAUGUCCAGCUUCCGGCUGAUGAAGUGGACACUCAGUUACUCCAGGACGCAGCAAGGAAGGAGGCGGUCCAGCAGAAACAGUGACCUACUGGGGCAGACUUCUUCCUUUUUUU